AUGUUAAGACGAAUAGUGACAUGUGCUUGUUUGAUAUUGGUUGUGCACAGUUUUCUCAUCGAUGAUCGUUCUCCAUUCACUUCACUCGCCAAAUCCAUCUUCAACGUUCUCAAAAUCUCUCGAAAAGAAAGCCCGGUGGAUAUGGAAAAAGCACAAUGUGCAGAAGCGCCACCAAAGAGCCGAUUGCCGAGUAAAAAAGAACUACAAGAAAUGCUAGAGAAAUCGGAGGCUGAUGAUUAUAAAUAUACGAAACAUGAAAGAAAAAAGAGACAAAUCUCACGACAGAGCUACCAACAAUACUUGGAAAAUCUCGCCAAAGCUGAUUAUGAUGUGAGAAUUGAAGAAAGAUGGCAAAAUAUUUUGUAUCCAUUUGGUGGAUGGGCGAUGGACGAGCAAUUGAUGGGGCAAGCUGGCAGGGAAACACAAGCAAAUCUCGGCUUUGAUUGCCCGUUUUUUGGUUUCAGAUUUAACUAUACAUUUGUCUAUCCAAUGGGUAUGAUCUCAUUCGCGCAACCGCCAUUUGUCACUCCGCCUUUUUCUUUUCCCAAUCCAUCAUGGCCCAAUCAACGAGAUCAUUCAUUUAUUGCUCCAUUUUACGCGGAUUCAAUCUUUCAAUGGAUUGGGAAUACAAAGAUUUCAAAUGUUUUCUUUCGCUCAGUGCAUAGGCCAAGAUUAGAUAAUGAUGACUUUUAUGAUCCUUCUCUAGAGAUAAACGAUCGAUUGUACUCACCGAACAAUCAAUACGGAAAUCAAUAUGGAAAUCAAUAUGGAAAUCAGUACGAUGUCUCACAAAAUAACAACCCUUUUCAACAAUUUCAGCAACAGCAACAAUCUUUCGUAAAUCAAGGGACUCAAUAUGGAGAAAACUUUGGCAACUUUGGUAAAAGAAAGAAGCGUCAAAUGCCGGGAAGAAUCUCACAACCUGGAAUGGUGGUGGAUCCAUUGUUGUUAGACAACAUCACGCAACAUGUGCAAGAAGGAUACACGGGGGCAAAUGGAUGGAGAGCCGAACAUGCGUUUAUCGUUACUUGGUAUCGGAUGGCUUAUGGUGGAGCCCCACGAGCACUUGAUGUCUCUCAAUUUGAACAUGUCAAAGAUUGGCAAAACACUUUCCAAUUAGUAAUAGCUUCGGAUGAAAUCCGCACAUUUGCAAUCUACAACUACGCAAGAGUCAAUUGGACAUCGAGUAACGAAGCCGGAGGGCUAAACGGUUUUGGAGGUAAACAAGCAGCGAUGGCCGGUUUCAACGGAGGAAACGGGACCGGAUGGUAUCCAUUACCAUAUUCAGGGCAUGGAAGAAUUUGGAAACUCGGCUACUUUUCAAAUGUUCUCACGCCGGGGCGCUGGGUUCACCGAAUUGACGAGCUCAUCAUUCCAGCCGGUUGCACCAAUGCUUCUGACGGUGGUGUCGUGUUGGCUCCACCAUUUGGCCCAAUGCAGGGCGGUGUCGCUAUCAAUAUUUCCGGUCCUUGUCUUCGAGAAAAGGAUGUUGUAAAGGUGACGUUUGAGUCAUGGGAAGUAAAUUGUAAGCGAAUAAGCCGGGUCCGGGCUCGUUGCAUAAUGCCGAUGUUUCACAAAACAGGAAUGGUUCCAGUCCGAAUGUCUCGAGAUGGUGGUCAAAGUUUUCCCUUUUUCGGGAAAUUCUAUAUUGUGGUUCCCGAUCGGGCACCUCCUGGUGUACAGCUUAUUGAUGCUGUCGAUAUUGCUACAAAUCGCUGGUAUCAACCAUAUGCUGAUUCCUUGAAAAUGGGAUGGCAAGCGCUGAACUUGACAUACAAUCUUGGAGCCAGGAUCGAUAUAUCUUUGUAUGGAUAUUGGGAAGAUGCUGACAGAUCUCAUUUCGAGAGGAUUGACUACUUGGCAAGAGGCGUCACAAACACUGGCGCUUAUGAGUUUAAACCGGCGCAAAUACAACGACAAAGGCUUCUUACCGAUGCUUGGAAGAAAUUUCAUUUUGGUUUUGUUCAAGUAGCGAUCAGUGAUGUUGAGGAUGGAGUUCUUUGGAGUCGACCUACACCAUUUCCUUGGUAUCAUUUACCGGAUUGGCGGUAUCAUUGGGGCAAAAAUUGGGCUUUAGACAUGUGCAUUGAUUGGUUUGAAUAUGAUGGAAGAAGAAGGAAUUUUCAGAUUGAUCUCACCAAAGAACUUCCGUGCCCUUGCAAACUGUCGCAAGCUUUACUUGAUGUCGGAAGGUUUAUGCCAAUCAUGAACUGUGAUAAAGAUGGAAAUAUGGAAUGUCCCUUCAAUAAAGGAUCUCAACAUUGCAUUCAAAGUGCAACCGCGACAUGGACAGGUUCCGCACAACAAUGUUGCUAUGAUUGGGACGGUUUCUUGAUGUUUACCGAUGAUUGGGAACCCGAUGGUGAUUACAGCCGAUUUUUCCAACCCGGAAUCCCAGCAAGAGCUCAUGCAUUUGGAGCAAGACCAUACCUAAUGCCUCCAUUCAUCCCAACUCUUUCACAUUAUCAACUCGAUGAACUUCCAUACAGAAUGUGUUGCCAAUGGAGUGAUCAUUGUGAAUUCUUCUAUUGGAGAAGAAUGACCAAUGGAUGCCAAGAUUAUAAAGCGCCAGCUGCCGGUUAUAUUUAUGGAGAGCCUCAUGUGAUCACUUUUGAUGGAAUCAGAUACACUUUCCCUGGAAAAGGCUAUUUCGUUUUGGUGAUGAAUGAGAAUCCAAAGAGCAAGCUGAUGAUACAGAUCCGACUUGAACAACCCGAUGAUACCCUUUGGCACUCGCAUGUGAAUGCGACAGUGAUUACCGGAGUUGCCAUUCAAGAUGGAGAUGGUUCAAUCUUGCAAGCAUUUGCUCGAAAAUCGAUGCGUCGUUGGCGUUAUCGAAUGGAUGUGAUUGUUGAUGGAACACCUCGAUAUUUUGAUAUGCCUUUCUGGAAAUAUCAACAAUUCAAUCGACUAAGUGUUCGCAAUCCUCUUCAAAACAUGAAUCAAUCGGAAGUUGUCGUGAUGACACAGAGUGGAGUCGGCAUUCGAAUCGGGGAAAGUUAUGGAAUGCUCGAUGUGAUGGUCACUCUUCCACCAAAUUACAAUAGCACUUGCCGACCUGGACAAACAAUGGCAAAUCAGAAUCUCCAAACAAUCAACCCUCAAGAUCGAUGCUAUACAACUUUGGGACUUCUUGGUGUUUAUAACAAUGAUCAAACAGAUGAUCUCACAACAUUGACUGGACAAAGUAUUCGAGCAUCUGGUGAUACGCACAAUGCUGGAACGACGCAAAUGAUUUAUGAUCAAUUUGGGACAACUUGGAGAAUCGAUGGUCGAAAUGAUCGAAUUGGUAAUUUACUCUUCUCGGAAAAAUACAAGCCUAUCUAUAAUCCGCUCCUUUUCGCUGAUCCGACUUAUUAUCCUGUAUUUUGGCCUUCCAAUGUGCUUGAUAUGAAUGCGAGUCGGGUUUUCUCAAUGAAUCAAGUGACGGUCGCAUGUCAAGGGCUUCCAGAAUGUGAAUAUGAUUAUAUCAUGACCGGGCGAAGAGAGGUCGGCUUGCAAACGAUGGAGAAACAAAAGAAUUUCCUGAGUUUGAGUAAAAAAGGAAGCGUUCAAUUAAAAUCUUGUGGGCCAUUAUUGAAAAAGGAAGGUGUUAUAAAGACUCCACCAGCAGCAAAUUACCUUGAAGGAGAUACCGUGGUAUUCUCUUGCAAACCAAAAUAUUUCAUUCAUGGAGAUAUCGAGCGAACAUGCAAAAAUGGAACAUGGUCACCUGGCUGGUGGGCCUGGUGCAGAGAUCGAAAUCUCGAGUAUGCGCUCAAAUGGAUGACCGCUUUGCUUUCAAUUUUUGGCAUUGUUGUUUUGAUCAUUGUUUUCUAUUGUAUUCUCUGGGAAUUGCGAAAGCGGCGAGUGGCUGAGAAGAUUGCCGACGGAAAAACGAAAGAUGUAUCAAGGAGAACAUGGAAUAAAGGACGAAACUCGCCAACACCACAAAAUACAAUCGAUGAGAAGACACCCCUUCAAAAUGGAACAUUGAGUGAUCUGAAUGGAGAGCCGAUCAAGACAAAUCCUUACGCACAACGAAUUUCACCCGAUAGCCUGAUCGCCCCACAAGCUUAUGUAGACAGCUAUAUGCCACCGCGAAGGAUCGGAAGUGGAAACGCCGAAUGGAAUGGGAACGAUGAAGUGAUCAAUGGAUACACGCUCGGCCCACAACCCACAACGUACGAAAGUUAUCCCGUGCAAUCCCAAGGGAAUGCUCAUCUAAUGCAGAGCAGUCAAAUC